AGUAAAGUCCAUUUACUUAGUGGGGGGCAACUUUAGACAAACAACUUCAACUCACAUGAUUUAACUGUGACCAUUUUAAAGUGGGAACACUGCAGUAACUACCCUAUCACAGCAAAAUGGCAGCAGGAAAGGAUACAGAAGAAGAGAUGGAGGCGGCUUUUCAUAUUAUUCAGUCAAACCUUGGUGGGGACUGGCUACGACUUGCCCUAACUUUGGGGCUGAAGAAGAACGUCAUAGAGGACAUGAUUAACAAGACUACUGGCACGGAUCUCAUGUGGCGAAGUCGCGUCUUGCUGGAAAAGUGGAGACAACAAAAUGGGAAGAAAGCAACAGUGGAGAAAUUGUUGGACGCUAUGAAGAAGGCUGGAAGACAAGACCUCGUGGACAGUGUGAAAGACGAGUUAGGUAUAGUAGAGGACAUCGAGGACACCUCUGCUGCACAGGUCAAGGAAGAAGCGACUAACAAGACUCUAAAUGUAGCUGUCAGGUCCAUGUCAUUAUCAAGUAAUUCAAGUACUUCUCAUUCACAGCCAAGUGAAAAGUCCACAAGAAAGACCACAUCAGGUAGGUCUAUUGUUUCAAGCUCAUCUUCCUCUUCACAUCAUAAGAAGGAAAACAUUGUCAAGAAGAAAACUGGAAAAAAAGAAAGAAAAUCUAAAAAGAAACAUCGCAAGGGGAAACCCAGUUCAGAACAAGAUCUCUCGAGAGACUUACUACAUCUUGCAAUGAAUGCCAUUAAAAGCAUGCAGCUUGCAAAGCAAAAGCUCAAGAAGUGCUGCUACCUUAGGAUUGAGGAACCUGUAAAGGAAGAGCUUGUGGAGGACAUUUCACAACUCUAUGAUACAAAUGAAGACCUGUGCAAAGAAAUCAUCACCCAACUCAUCAGCAAAAACUGUAAAGGUUUAGACGUUGCUGAAAUGUGGUCCUCUUCUAUCUAUGUGCAAAUGUUUCCAGAAACGGAUGAGUGUGCUCGUGCAUUUAAUGGGUACUUAGAAAGUGGCAGGCUGGCCACCGACCUACAGAAAGAGUUUAGGAAGAUUGGGUUCAACUGUCCCUUAGAAGGGGAUGUACUGUCCAUGGAAGAGCUUGAAGAAGAAGUGGCAGAGAUAGUGGAGGAAGCUAUGGAUGUCUUUGUCUUGUCAGAUGAGACGAAGCAAGGAAAACUUGAGGGAGAACUGCGAGAUGCUUGGGGUGAUGCACUGUUAAGGAUAACGUCCUGGACAGGUGAUGAAGACAAGGUGAAGACGCUGCUACAGGCAGGUGUACAGGUGAACACAGAGAACUCCCAGGGAGAAACACCACUCUGGGAUGCAGUGAAGGGUGGACACUCCAACAUUGUAGCACUGCUACUUCAGGAAGGGGCAGACCCAGAUGUGUGUGACAAAUCUGGGUUCCCUCCUCUUCACUAUGCCAGCUCUCUUGGACACACGGAAGUGUGCAGACUUCUCGUACAACACACUGAUGAAGACUACAUGUAUGAAGGUGAACAGAGUCCCCUCUGGAUAGUUAUAGAAAAUGCUGACUCACAGCUACUUACGAUUCUUAUUGACGAAGGUUUUGAUGUACAUAAAUCAGAUAGUUUCAUCCCGCUAUGUCUCUCCGCUAAAAAACUCAUGCAGGUGGAAGAAGGUUCAGACAGGAGGGCUUGGGAUGAGCACGUAGAAGUCUUUGAGACUUUGGUUAAAGCAGGGGCCGAUGUCAAUGCUACUGAUGAACUUGGUCAAACCUCCCUGGCCUCUGCCUGUAUAAAAGACUGCAAGAAGACUGCAAAACUACUUCUGGACAGGGGAGCCGAUCCAAACAUAGCGGGGGACAAGGGGAGGACUCCGGUAUGGCUGGCAGCCGCGCGGGGACAUGCAGAGAUUGUGAGCAUCCUGACACAAGCAGGUGCUGACCUGGACAAGGCAGGUGACAUGGGAUGGACUCCGCUGUGGGUGGCAGCUCAAAAGGGACACGUCGAGAUCGCGAAAAUCUUAACACAAGCGGGUGCUGACGUGAACAAAACAGAUGACGAGGAAAGGACACCUCUCUUGGUAGCGACUCUGAGAGGUAAUGCUGGUAUUGUGAGUACCUUAACACAAGCGGGCGCCGACUUAAACAAGGAAGACAGCACGGGGACAACUCCACUGUGGCUAGCCGCUGGAAGCGGACAUUCGGAAAUCGUGACAAUCUUGACAAAAGCGGGUGCUGACUUGAACAAGGCAGACGGCACGGGGAAAACUCCACUUUGGGUGGCUGCCUUGAAAGGUAAUACAGAGAUUGUGAGCACCCUGACACGCGCAGGCACUGACUUGAACAAGACUGAUAGCACUGGAUCAACGCCACUGCAGGUGGCAGCUGACAGUGGGAAUGUGGAGAUAGUGAGAAUCUUAAAACAAGCAGGCGCAGAAUGA